AUGAACGCCGAGGAAGACGACGCUGAAGAUAUGAAGGAUUUGUGUAAAAAGUGCAGGUCAAGUCCAAUCACUCAUGCGGCGAAUGGCUGCAAACAUCCCCUCUACUGCCAGAGAUGUGCAAUGCGAGUGGCAACAGGAGGAAAGUGCAAGACUUGCGGCGAAAUGUUUAGCGAGUUGCAGAGGGUCUAA